AUGGGAGAGCCCUCAAGAGUGCUCCAAGGACUAGGACAGCGCAUUCAGCAGGCUGUAUCCUCGUUGAAAGCGGAUCAUCACACCAAAGGAUCCUCGUCGACACUCUGCGCAACUUGUGCUGCGUUGGAUAUCAAACAGAUCCUUCGCGAUGGUCUCCGCGAAGAAGACAAGGUCUGCCUUGGCUCACUCCUAGAUAUCAUGGAUAAGAGCGAUCGCUGUGGCCUGUGUUCCCUUGUCUCCGAUCUCAUACGGCGACGUUGGCGUCUUCACGACUUCCCUAACGCAGAUCUUCGGAAUGUCAUCUGCCAUCUGUCUUCGCCCGAGUUCGCCAAAGCUGGCCCCCGAGGCGGAAAAUCAUGCCAUCGUCUUUACAUACAUCCUUCGCGCCGUCUACCGGAUAUACAAAGACAACUGGUGGCUGCUGAAGCGGCACUUCAUCUGGAUAUCCAAUUGUUAGAAGAAGACUCUCGCAAGCUGUCGAGAUCAAGGGAUUUCCACGGUCGCAGGCUAAAGGAAGAGGUUGACAUUAGUCUGGUCAAGAAGUGGAUCAAACGCUGUGAAUUAGAGCACGAUUGCGAGUCUGUUUGGUGGAGACGGAGUGACGACUGUCUUCCCGACUUUGUCAGGAUGAUAGACGGAGGUCCCGGGGAUUACUACUGGACGACAACGAAGAAUAUAAAUACCCGGGGCCACCCGACUGGACUUGACGCGGGCAUUCUCCCAGCAACCAUCCGGGACGCAAUCCGUCUUACUCGCCGAAUCGGCAAGUGGUACCUAUGGAUCGAUGCGUUAUGCAUCCUUCAAGACAGUCCAGCAGACAAGGGUGCCCAGAUUUGCAUCAUGGACUUGAUUUAUAGCAGGGCUACAAUCACCAUCUUCACCGCCAGCGGAAAUGGUGUUCGUGACGACCUACCAGGCAUUUCAUCGGGUUCCCGGACAAUAACCCAACAUAUUAAAUGCGUCCAAGGACUCCAUCUUGCAAUACCGCUUCCACCACUUUCGGAAGCACUGAACGAGUCCAUUUGGAACACGCAAGGCUGGGCUUUUCAAGAAAUUCUCCUUUCACGCCGUCGCUUGGUCUUUACCAGACACCAGAUGUAUUUUGAAUGUGUAAAAACCGUCUGGUGUGAAGAUGUCGUUGGAGAGAGCAAGACUUUGUCGUCUACUCCCAUGUUUCGGACGGCAGUGCACCUUCCCGAAUAUCCCCAAGCCAGUCCCAUGAACGUCAGGAACUACACCGACGCUGUGGGACGAUACUCGCAGCGCCGCCUGACCGUCGAAUCGGACAUCAUCGCCGCAAUAACUGCGUUCCUAAAUGUCGUGGUCAUAAGGGAGCCUGCUGGGGGUGAUCCUAAGAAAUCGUUCCGGUUUGGAAUGUGGAUAAGGUACCUGGAUAACUCCUUGUUGUGGCAGCCCAGCCUGCGCGAAGCUCUCGCGCGCCGCACGGUAGCAGACGGUAACCACACGCGAUGGCCGUCUUGGGCAUGGACAGGUUGGAAAGGUGCUGUUCAGUACGGAGGCGAGUCGCUGAUGCUGUAUGGCUUUGACUUCGCAAUGCCUGCUACUUCUAACGAAUCGCUUGUUACCGCCUGGCACAUGGUUGACGAAGAUGGGAGGGUCGUUCAACUGGAUGCUAAAAUGAUCUUAGCAAGUUGGAUCGCAGAUCGAACAAAUCCUCAGAUGUAUGCACGGGUGGACGAUGAUGUUGCAAAUGCGGACGAAGCCGCAGCUCACGUUAUUUUUCACAUCGUCCCGGUCGAUCCAGCACCACAGAGUAAUGCUGGGCGCAUCAUCCUGCCUGCUUCGGUAGUAUCCCCGACAAUUUUCGAGUUCAUCGUGCAUUCACGUGGUGAGGGGAUUCACGGCAUCUAUGACGAGCUUACGUGGGGGAAAAGGUACUCCGGGGAACGAGUUGGGAUAGGUGUCACUGUCGAAUCGGCAUGGAUGAAGGGCCAUGGGGAGGAGUGUGUUGUAUUGCUUGCGUAG